UCUUGGUAGGAAGUGGCCACUGCAGAUGGUGGGGACCAGGUUUCACUGAGGACCCUCCCUCUCUCCGUUCCCAUCCACGGUUCUCCCCCACCAAGGGCAUGAGGCUGGCAGAGGGCCCGGUCACCCUCAGGACGCCCAUCUUGCUGCUUGGGCUCUGGGUGGUGCUGGGUCCCGCCCAGUGUUCUGAAGGUCAUCCCUCCUGGCGCUACAUCUCCUCGGAGGUGGUGAUUCCCAGGAAGGAGCUGCACCAUGGCAAAGCCGUGCUGGCAGCAGGCUGGCUCUCCUACAGCCUGAGGUUCGGGGGCCAGAGACACGUCCUCCACAUGCGGCGAAAGAGACUCUUUUGGCCUGGACAGCUGGUGGUGAUGACGCAGGAUGACCAGGGGGCCUUGCAGGUGGACUACCCCUAUUUCCCUCUCGACUGUUACUACCUGGGCUACCUGGAGGACGUCCCUCUCUCCAUGGUCACCGUGGACACGUGCUAUGGGGGCCUGGAAGGCAUCAUGAAGGUGGAUGACCUGGCCUAUGAAAUCAAACCCCUCAAGGAUUCCCUGAGGUUUGAGCACAUCAUUUCUCAGAUCGUAGCCGACACUAACGCCAUAGGACCCAUGUCCACGCUGGGACACAAGGCUGAGAGGCACCCACCUUUCUCUGACCCGAACCCCAGUGCAGCCUCCAGGAUCAGCAAACGCUGCCUCUUCAGAGAAAUAGAGUAUUCAAACAGUAGCCUGACACCCAUUCGAUGUGGAAACUCUGUGGUGGAAGACAAAGAGCAGUGUGACUGUGGGACCUUCAAGCAGUGUUACACCAACCCAUGCUGCAACAGUGACUGCCACUUUACACCUGGGAGCAUUUGUAACAGGGAAACCUGCUGCACAAACUGCACCUACACGCCCGCGGGGACGCUCUGCAGACCAAUCCAGAAUAUCUGUGACCUUCCCGAGUACUGCAAGGGGAAGGACACGCGGUGCCCCAGUGAUUUUUAUCUGCAAGAUGGAACCCCAUGCACCGAGGACAGCUACUGCUACCAUGGCAAUUGUACGGACCGCAGUAUGCACUGCAAGGAGAUCUUUGGGGAAGGGGCGCUGAACUCUCCCGACGUCUGCUAUCGCAUAAAUAAAAAGGGCCACCGAUUUGGACACUGUAAAGUUAAUCUUGACUACGAAAUAACACCUUGUGCUGAUGCUGAUGUUAAGUGUGGACGCCUACAGUGUGUCCACGUCACUCAUCUGCCUCGGUUGCAGGAACAUGUGGGGUUCCAUCACUCCAUAUUAGGGGGGGGUUCUUGUGUUUUGGGGUGGGUGCACACCGUGCGACAGAAACAACUGAUGUUGGUAUUGUGAGACCUGGUACUCCCUGUGGGGGUGGAAAGUU